CCACCGACGCCGACGAAGACGACGACGACGGCCGCGUCCACCGCAACAAGACAACCGUACGCCAUAUAGGUGCCGAACGACGAAAGCCGAACACCUGCUCCAGUGAUACCGACACAAACACCGACCAACGCUAAACAGCAACACAGAUAUUAUUAAAAUAAUAUUAUUCUAGUACGCAUUAUGUCGUCGACGUACGUGUUCGCGCUGUCGUUGGUUUGCGUCGCCUCGGCCGUUAUCGGUAUCACCGCUUCCGUGCCGCCGCCGCCGCCGCCACAGGGACAACAACAAUCACCACCACAACAACAGCCACGGCAAGAGGACGGCGCGGGCUCGACGGGAUUCGGCGCGGUCCUGUGGUCGGUGCUGGACGACUGUUUCGGUGACGGCGACUCGGCCGAACCGGCCACAGUGUGCCUCAAGUCAAAAGCGCUAACGGCCCUUGACCGUGCACUCGGCAAGCCCGCGGUGACCGUCGCGGACGGCGUGACCCUGACCGCUAGGGCUGGCAAGUCGUUGGCCGUCGAUCCACAAGCCGACCGGGCCGACCACGCCGCCCUGGACGCCGCGCCGGACGCCGACAGCAAGAACGCUCUGCUGGACGACAUGCUGGCCAACCGCAUGGACAGACUCAUGUCAACCAGGACCAUCGUGCUGGAUGGGGCCGGUCAAGAAGGUCGCAAAAAGAAGGACAAGGCCAUGCAACAGGCCAUGAUGAUGGCCGGCAUGAUGGCUGCCGGCGUCAUGGGCCCGAUGGCGUUGAAAAUUAUCGCCCUGAUGGCCGGCAAGGCACUGUUGCUGAGCAAAAUCGCCCUGCUCCUGUCCGGUUUGAUGAUGCUCAAGAACCUGUUCCAACCACAGCAGAUGAGCGGACACAAUACCGAGUUGAUCUCAUCCGGCCACCAUUACGGCCGCAGCAUCGACGCCCACCACGCGGCGUAUUCGGGCCAAAUUCAAUAGCUUAGUUAUUACAAUAUUAAUAUUAUAUUAAAAAAUAUAUUAAUAAUAUUGUGGGUUUACCCACGCCUAGAGACGUGAUAUACAGUCAAUAUUGUCAUGACUUAUUAAUAAUUAUUAAUAUUGUCUGUGUAGGCGUCUAAUUAAUUUAUUAUUUAUUUAUUUGUUUAUUUAUUUAUCUACAAUUAUUUAUAAAUCCACCGUUAGGUAUAUAAGUAUAUUCAUUAAUUCGAAUUUAUACCAUUGUGUAAUUCAAAUAUCUACAACUGUUAUAUACCAUUAAUUUAUUAAUAUAACAAAUAAUUUGAAUUUAUAUUAUACAAUAAUCAUUAUAAUCCGUAAUACCUAUACCUGCGCAGUGAAAGACACAUUUUCAUA